AUGAAUAGGAUUUUCGGAUAUGGAAACAAGAAAAGCCAUGACCAACUCUUACAAGAGUCGAACCAAUCCAUGAAUCAGGCCCAACAGUCAUUAUCGAACAGGAUAUCCCAAUUAGACACUCAAAUCGCCCAGUUGAACUUCCAGCUGCAAAAUAUUCAAAAGAAUUUACAAAGAUCAAACAAUAAGCAACCGUCAUUAAGAAAACAGGCUUUGAAGAUUCUAAACAAACGUAAACAGUUGGAAAAUAUGAAGGAUUCUUUGGAUUCUCAAUCUUGGUCCAUGACGCAAGCCCAGUUAACAAAUGAUAAUUUGCAAAACACAAUGAUCACCAUAAACGCAUUAAAGCAAACUAAUAAUGCUAUGAAGGCCCAGUACGGCAAGAUAAAUAUUGACAAACUACAGGAUAUGCAGGAUGAAAUGCUGGAUUUAAUAGAACAAGGUGAUGAGCUACAAGAAGUGUUGGCAAUGAAUAACAGUAAUGGCGAGCUUGACGACAUUAGUGAUGCAGAACUGGAUGCAGAACUGGACGCUCUGGCACAAGAAGAUUUCACUUUGCAGACGAGCGAGAACUCAUUAGGUAACGAUAUGCCCAAUUACCUACUAGGUGCGAAUGCGCCACCGGCUUUUAUUGAUGAAGAGCCAAACUUGGAUACUGAAGAUAAAAAUAAAGCUUUAGAGAGCGCUCAAUGA